AAUUAUCUUGCUGAGAUGUCAAUGACUAUUGUUUGCUGGUCUGGGGAGUCGCUCCGCCCCUCAUGUUUGUCGUAAAUCUGGCGCCUGGCUACAAUAAACCUGAGAUAAGAGUGGCCAGGGCUCGCCUCCUUCUCCAAGGCGAUCAAUCGGAUCUCAGGCAUACUACAAGCACUCUCUUACGUCGACGUCCACGAGAACAGAGCUGACACAACAACACGGCUGCGCUCCACCACCAAACAUCUAUCUGCUUUUCUGAACCAUGUCGCUGAGCCCAAAGCACACGACACCUUUCUCAGUGACAGAUAUUUUGAGCCCAAUUGAGGAGACUUACAAGAAGUUUAGUGGCAUGGAGAGCACUGGAAACCUCACAUCUCCAUUGGGAGCGUACCGGCAACCUCAGGUGUCCCAGACUGGCAUGCAGCAACACUCUAUGGGCCACAACGCCACUGUGGCGACCACCUACCAUAUGCCACACUCCGUUUCCCAGUUCUCACACAGUGCAAUGGGGGGCUACUGCAAUGGCAGCAUUGCCAACAUGGGGGACCUACCCUCUUACCAAGAUACUAUGAGAAACAGCGCAGCAGCAACAGGGUGGUACGGCGCCAAUCCUGACCCGAGAUACUCAACAAUUUCUAGAUUCAUGGGACCUUCCACAGGUAUGAACAUGACAGGAAUGGGCGCGCUGACAGGCAUGGCCGACACCACCAAAUCCAUCCCACCUCUCCACGCAGCGCCGAGGAGGAAACGACGGGUGCUCUUCUCUCAAGCACAAGUCUACGAGCUGGAAAGGAGAUUUAAGCAACAGAAAUACCUCUCAGCGCCCGAGAGGGAACACCUGGCUAGUAUGAUACAUCUAACCCCGACGCAGGUCAAGAUCUGGUUUCAGAAUCAUCGCUACAAGAUGAAGCGGCAGGCCAAGGACAAAGCAGCGCAGCAGCUUCAACAGGAGGGCAACCUGUGUCAACAGCAGCAGUCGCCGAGGAGAGUGGCUGUCCCUGUCUUAGUGAAGGAUGGCAAGCCUUGUCAAAACGGCUCCAACACACCGACGCCAAACCAACAGCAGAUGCAGCAGCAGCAGAACGGUUCCGGAGUCGUGCUUCCUACCUCCAGUAACUCUAUGAACCAGCACCAAAGCCAGCAGGUCAACGCACUGGUCCAGGCCCAAGACCUGGAGGAAAUGUCCCCUAGUCCCCCGUCACUUCACUCGCAGAUGAACAACAUGGGCCAGAUAGACACUACUGUAGAUUACACAAAUAACAUGGUCACGUCGAAUCUGCUUUAUGGCAGAACGUGGUAAGACCGGGCACCUUUUCUUUCCUCCGUUUCCCCACAAACUUUAGCCUCCUCUGAAUUAAGAACUGCGAGCGAGGCCAAAAGCAGACAGUGCUUCGCGAGCCGAGCAUGCGCGUGGAGGGUGAUCGGAUCAAAGGAGACGUUUUUCGCGGGAAAUGUAUCACUUUUUUUUCUUCUAAAAACAGUUUUUGUGGUCACAGUUUUCUACAAUGACCCUGCUACUCAUUAUGGACAAAAUAACAAGUUCUAGCGUCAUGCUCUGUGUUUGGGACUUCCUUUUGUUGUUGUAGAAGGUGGUCUGUUAUUAAACAAUAUUGCUGCUCCGCAUCUAUGGCAAUGCCAGGACACAGGAAGCAAUGUUUCAUAUUUCAGGUAUGAACUUCUAGCAAGAACUGGAAAAGUUCCCAGAUCUCAGUAAAAAUGCCUGAACGUGCGACUGAAGCGACUAUUGUAAAAA